AUGUUAAAAAUGAUGAAUUUAAGGAGAAAAUAUAAUAGUUACAGCGAUUCUGGAAUUUAUUCUGAGGAUUCUUACCUAUCGGAUUUUAAUUCAAGGGAUAAGUUUAACGGUGGAAUCUUGGACUCCGAUUUAGGCUCACUUUUGCCCGGAAAUAGAGUAAAUUCUUAUGGAUACGAUUUAGCUAAACUCCAGAAAAGUGAUUUUUAUAAAAUUUCUGCAAAAACUCCUGGAGAGUAUCGCAAACUUGAUUUAAUGUAUAGAUUUUACAGGAUUUGCAAUAAUCUUAAAAUUCAAAACCCUGAUAAAAUUUAUAACAUGUACUUGAAAAGACUUAAUAAGAGAAUUCGUCUAGAAUCUUCAAACAGGAAACUUGAAAUUAUAAUUUCGGCUCUUUACUACAUUGACCAGUGCCUUGAAAGAGGUAAUAAUUACACUUUGAGGGACAUUUUACUUAGAAUCCCAGAAUGUAAAGUGAAUUUAAAACGUUUCACCCGUUUCGUAUCAAAAUUGGCUUCUGAACUUGGCAUUAGUAGACUUCCAGUUAUUGAUGACACUCUCUUAAUUAGUAAUAUUUUAGAUCAAAUUCGAAUUUAUUGUUCUGACCACAUUACAACUAAUGGGAAAGAUAACCCGCAAACCACAACUACCGUAAUUAACAUUAACGAAUUAUUUGAUUUGGAGGAUAUCAUGUCAUCACUAACUUCAUCUACAACGGAUACUUCAAAUUCAUCCCCAACUUCAAUGUACGCUCCUAAUUCAUCCCAAAAUUCACAGGACACUAUACUACAUCAUACCCCUAUUAAGCAUGACAACAUUCUGGAUAAUGAUGCUAACAAGGGAAUUAACUCCGAAAACUCUGAAAACACACCACUCACACCUAAUAACUCUGAUGCUAAGGACAAAUCCCCUAAUAGCUCCAAUAUAGCUAAUGACACAACACGUUACAGGCAGAUUUCUAAGUUAAUAUCACUGAAUCAUGUGAAAUUAGUAAAGUUAUCUGGAAGGAUAUUAGCAUUGGUAGACGAGACCAACGCCAAGGAGAAUGUCCUAAACCCUCAGAAUAGAGUAAUUUUUGCCUGUAGGAAAACUUUAAUAGCUUGUGUAAUUUAUCUGGCAUUUAAUGCUUUAAAGAUCCCAGUUACUCCAAACCUUAUUAUCAAAGCCUUAAACGUUGUUAGGUCUUCCUUUUACCGUAAUUAUAGCAAGGUUACCAGUAGAAUUAUGGCCAUUUUCACUAGCAAAUUUAACUGUAAAAUUAAUGAUAAAGGCAACUUGAUGUCACUAUUACAUGUUUUGCUCACCAAUAACACUGACUCUAUCACUAUUACCAGCAGUAACACUAGUAACACCACUAAUUCCGACUUGAACAGUGUUAUUCCCAAGAUUGUUAAGAUAGAAAAUAUAUUUAACGUUAAUAAAGAUAAAGCUGAUAAGAAACUAUCAUUUUCCAAGACCGUUACUUGUCUUGAUAUCUUAACUAAUGUCCAUAACACUAACGGCACUAAGGAAAAAGGAGUAAUAAUAUAUGAAAGGUCUGCAAAUAGGUAUGUUUGCAGGUAUAAAAUCAAGGGUAAAAUAAAACGGAAAUGCUUCUCAGUUAGUUGUCACGGACAAAAAACUGCAUAUGAGCUUGCAAUUGCAUUUUCUAACCACAUUUCUAAUCUAAAAUAA